UGAAGUUUAAGAUCCUGGUUUAUGUUUACUCCACUUUAAGGAGGAGUUACUGAGGCAGUGGUUUGUCCAUGUGUGGGAACAACUGAUCAAGAGUGCCACUUCUCAGGGAUGUUCCCCAGAGGACACCUAAGUGGACAGGAUGAGCCUUAUGAAUCAGAGCUACUUCCACUCUCGCCCAAGGGGCGAGACUUACAGAAGAAGAGAUCACAGAGCCCCAAAGUGGGGCAAAGCCUGCACAGAACACUACAGAAGUGCCUGCAGGGGCCAGAGGAUAAGUCCCUUCAUGACCCAUCAUCAGUGGACACUACCUGCAGCAAAGCUGACCUCACCCCAUCUCGGAAAAAAAACAGUUCUAAUUGCCAGGAUGGCACUGGGGUUUUGGAGGAUACUAUACCCAGGCCCAUUGAAAAGACCAAAAAUGAAGAACAGAAGGAGGAGAUGGAAGAUGUGGAGGCUGAGCAAGGUGCUAGUAAUGUAGUGGAGCAUAUCCUGAAAGAGCUCAAAGGCAUCAACAAGAUCCAGGAGGAAAUUUCUGACCUGAGGCUUUAUCUAACAUCUGUGCGAGGCUCAGUGGAUGAAGUAUCUUGUUGUGUGGAUGCAGUGCUCAGUGAAAUAGGUGAGCUGUACUCUGGGGCUUCAGCUGCACCUGACUCUAGUUCUGUUUCUCAAACACCCCGCAUCAGGCGAGGAAGCCUGGGUAGACAGAACGCCAUCACAUCUCUUCAUUGUGGAGACACUAGUCCAGUGUUGAAUCACAAAGAUUGCAGAAAAGAUUUUGGAUGUGUACCAUCUCACAGGUCAUCCAAACCAUGGCACACUGGUGAAAAUACUCUCAGUCAGUCAGAUCAGCAAACAGACCAAGAGAACCAAAAGCAGAGUUCAAACAUACACAUGCUAGGCACUACAAAGCCUGACCUCUGCAACCUGGAGCUUCAUCACGGCCAUGACUACCAAAGCAUCAGCUCUUUGUCAUCUUGUCACAGUACCAACUGUCCAGAAGCAGGCUUUCUCUCUGGUGACAUGGAAUAUGACAGGUGGCCUUCUGCUGAUAUGCAGCACAGUAUAAGUGGUGAAGGAGGUUGGAGUGAGGAGGACAUCUGUUCUUGUGCAAACAGUAGAGAAGAGCUAGACAGUUGUCUAGGGGUUUGGGGCAGAUGUGCCACCGUGGAUACACAAAGCAGCACACCUGGUCAUUCUUCACACACCAGCUCUGAGCAUCUCUCAUUGCUGUUUGGACUCCAUUACAACUCUCCUUCCAGCUCUUCUAGUAUGGUAGACUGGAGGCCCUCCAGAAUACAAAAUGAGGAAGAAAACCUGGACUGCAACUGUGCUACAAACUGUCCGUAUUCACGCAGUUCAGGUUACCACACCAUGAAUGCCUGUGCAAAUGAACUGGACAGUGAGCCCUCCAGGAGCCUGAGUUGCUCUACUGUGCUGUUGACAGACUGUGAUGAUGGUUACCCGGAGCCACAUUCACUGUGUGAUGAUUGUCCAUCAUCUGGUGACACUCUUGAUCUGGGGUCCGCUGAGAGUUUGGACAGGGAGUGGACAGAUCCCAGCAUCUCCAGGGAUGAACCAGGAGAAUCUUUGUCACAGGAGUCUUCUGAAAUAGAUUCUGAGGGCACACCCAAGACCCCUAAUGUUGGUUUUGAUGUAACAACGUUUAGCAAGGCCGUACUCUCUUUCAGGUCAGCUUUGAAAGGGGCUUUAAAAAAGUUGGAAGGAUCCAACCCUGAAGGUGUGAAAGAUGAUGAUGGAUCUGAAGCAUCUCCGUCCCCUGUUAGGCAAGCCAGCGAACCCAAGGAGGAGCAGAGCAGUACAGAGUAUACAGAGGGAGACAUUAGUCUGACAGAGAAUCCCGCCCAAUAUGGUACUCCAAGGGAGGACAGUGAGGCCUCAGUGUAUGUGGAUUGUGGGGAGACACCUGAGAACAUGUCAUGCAGUCUUCAAGCAUCCCCUCAUGAGGAAAGCCACUCUCCCUGCACCCCUACUGAGUAUCACUCUGUAGAAAUUUCACAGAGCAAAGGAGAAGGUCCAACAGAUGGGGAACAGUCCAACCUUGACCUAACGCCAAACCACUGCCCAGCAAGGCAGGGCGAGAGACCACUGGGUACAGUGCUCAGUGCAGAUGAGGUGCGGUUAAGUCCAAUCAGGGAGAACCAAAUUCUUGAUGUGGUUGAUCAAGGAAAGCCUACUGAUGCCAGUCACAGAGAACGUAUAGCUAAUUUCCAACGUAUUCUGAGGGAAAAGAGGCAAACCCGUCAUAGGCUGUCCAAAUCUGCUCAGGGGUCCCAAGGGUCCCAUGGCUCUCAAGGGUCUCAGGGAUCCCAAUCUCAAGACGAGUUCAUCCCAGGUAUUUUAAGGAUAUUUUCUCUGACUUUUAUCACUUGCAAGCCCAGUAAUAGCAGCAAAAAAGAAAAGAUGAACGUAAGAUGAUAUAUAAUAUGUGUAGCAUUAUACAGAUGUCAUUUAUAAACCCUUAAUUUGAGAAUCAGCUUUUUUCUCUUUUGAAAUAACUGCCUUGCAAAUCUGCU